AUGUCUCCCAUCUCCACCCAUGGUUCGCUAGCUCCGCUCGAUGAGCAGAGCCCAUUGAUCGAUCCGGCACCAAAGCUGUAUACGCCCAAGUCGCUGCUUUACGGGGACCUGCGCUCAGCCCAGCUGCCUCUGCCGCAGUCACUCUCGCACUACGACGGCAGCCAGCCCUCGGUCGAUUCUGGAGGCUCCAACCCGUCGUCGCCCACCACAUCCGCCUCUCCUUCAGCCUUCCCCACUUCCACCCCAGCUUCUUCAGGCAUCUCUUCGCCACUCGAAGAGUUCCGAGAAUCUGCCAUGCUCAAACCCAUCGCCGCGACCGACUCUAUCUCGUCGCAUCCUCAACAAUGCAGUGCCCUCCUCUUCAAUCAAUGGAGACCCAACUCUCACUUUCUCGGUCCUCACGGCUGGAUGAACGACCCCUGCGGCCCUUCCUACGACCCACGCACAGGUCUCUAUCAUCUAUGGUAUCAAUGGAAUCCCCUCGCAUCCACCUGGGGCAAUAUCAGCUGGGGCCACGCCUAUAGCCGCGACCUGAUUCACUGGACGUCACGCCCGCAACCUGUCCUCUCGCCGGGCUCCAACAACGACUCGGAAGGCGUCUUUACCGGGUGCGUUCUCCAGCGUUCUCCUCUCGGGACACCACAAGAAGCCGUGCAAAGUGCAGACAUGACCGCCCUCUACACGGCCGUCUCCAAGCUGCCCAUCCAUCACACUCUGCCCUACAACUACGGCUGCGAAAAGGUCGUUUUGUCCACCUCGGCAGACGGUGGGCAGACAUGGAUUUCACAAGGGAUCGUUGUGGAUGGUCCGCCCAAAGAUCUCGAUGUCAUCUCCUGGCGUGACCCUUACAUUGCUCAGUGGCCGCUGCUCGACACGCUAAUCGGUCGCACUGACCCAACCCCUGGCCUCUACGCCCUCAUUGCCGGCGGCAUCAAAGACACCACCCCAACCACGUUUGCAUACACCGUCGACCCAAACGACCUGAGCCAGUGGAGCUACAUCGGCACGCUUGCCGACGUGGGCAGAAACUGUAAGGCCGAGCCUUAUGGUGUCGAUCUCGGCCAGAACUGGGAGGUGGCCAACUUUUUCACUAUUGCAGCCAAGGCUUUUGGCUCGACUUGCUCGGCAGAAUACCUUCUGAUCAACGUCGAGGGUUGCAUUGCACCCGGACCCGCACGAGCACCUGUCUACAUGAAGCUGAACCUCGAAGCGACACAGAUCAAUGACGGAGAGAUCCGAUUGCAGCCUGCGCACGUCGGUCUGCUCGACCACGGCUGUCUCUACGCCGCCAGCAGCUUCCAUGACGACAAGCUCGACCGACGUCUCAUGUGGGGCUGGAUCACAGAGGAUGAUCUGCCUGAAGACUACUACAACACCCAGGGCUGGGCGGGACUCAUCUCGCUUCCUCGCGAACUGUUCCACCACCCGACGUCGUCCGAGCUUGGUAUCCGCCCCGCCGAAGAGGUGUACUUGCUCCGUCAGGGGGCUCAGCAGAUCUCUUUCAGGCCAGACCUCUCGAUCUCGGCUGCUGCAGCAGCCCUGGAGCUGGCCGAAGCGGCGCUGGGAGAAGCAACGCAGCUGGAUGCUGUGACCCUAAGCGAGGUGAACAGCCGCUCGUUUGAGGUUGAGAUGGAGCUUAGCGCGGCUCAACCGGGUCUCGUGGUGGCUCACAGCGAGGACAAGUCGACGCGAACGCUGGUUUACGUCUCAGCCUCGGGAGAUCUCGUCGUUGACCGCUCUCUGUCUGCAGGCAAAGACUCGGUCAUCGCGAAGGAGCUCAAGGUCAACACCAGCACCGUUCGUGCGCCGCUUUCUGCGACCCAGAGCGGCACACACAAGCUGAGGUUGUUUAUGGAUAACUCGGUCCUGGAGAUCUUUGUCAAUGAUCUCGUCGCUCUUUCUACGCGCAUCUACCCAGAUGCGCAAGACACGGGGGUGUCCGUUCUUGUCCACCCCGAUGCAGGUGCAGCGGGCGAGGUACGCAUCUGGCAAGGGCUCGACAAGGCUGUUGUCGCUUGA